GCAGACAGCAUGUGAAGUUAUUUGAUCCCAGAACAAAAGAAACAAGGAGGAAGGAACAAUCCGAUGCUGGGAGGGAUUCACAGCGAGGGGCCCCUGACUCAGUCUGACAUCUACAAGCAAUUAAUCUCCUAAUCUUCUGACUUCUUUUCACUCACUUUUAUUUUUUAAUCAAGAUUUCUCUGCUUUUUUUCUUCAAAAUGUUUGGAAAUGUCUGAAUAAACUUGAGAUGAAAAGAGCAUCUCUUUAGCUCUUCUUAACCCGCGUUAAGGAAAAGCGUAUUCAGCGGCAGGCAGAGUCACACUUUUAAAAUUAAGAGAGUGAGAGAGACAGUGAGAAGUACAGAGAGGGGGAGUGCAGGUCCCUCUGUGCACCACGAUGCUGCGCUACCUGAUCAAGACCUUGUUGCAGAUGAAUCUGUUCACAGACACCAUCCGAAACCCUUCCAAUGGAACUGAUGUCUACUUCAACGGCUCCCUGCAAUCCUUCAACGGCUCCCUGCCAUCCUUCAACAGCUCGCUGUUCGAGUGGGGAAACUUCACCGGCUUCAACGGAUCCCGACCCAGAUUAGAGGAUGCCGCCCCUCGGAUUGUAGAGCAUCCCUCUGAUUUAAUUGUGUCCAAGGGGGAGCCAGCUACCCUCAACUGUAAGGCUGAGGGGCGUCCGACUCCGAUGGUGGAAUGGUACAAAGACGGAGAGCGGGUCGAGACUGAUCGAGAGGACCCUCGGUCCCACAGGAUGCUAUUACCCAGCGGCUCCCUCUUCUUUUUGCGAAUUGUACAUGGAAGGCGAAGCAAACCUGAUGAGGGUGUGUAUGUGUGUGUGGCGCGCAACUACUUGGGUGAAGCAGUCAGUCGCAAUGCAUCGCUGGAAGUGGCAAUUCUGAGAGAUGAUUUCCGUCAGACGCCCAGUGAUGUGGUGGUGGCAGCAGGGGAGCCGGCUGUCAUGGAGUGUAUCCCUCCCAGGGGCCAUCCGGAGCCCACCAUUUCUUGGAAGAGAAACAACAUCCGGGUCAAUGAUCGAGAUGAAAGAAUUACUAUCCGUGGAGGAAAGUUGAUGAUUUCAAACACCAGGAAAGGUGAUGCUGGCAUGUAUGUGUGCGUUGGAACCAACAUGGUUGGAGAAAAAGACAGUGAUCCUGCUGAACUAGUGGUAUUUGAGAGGCCAGUGUUCACCAAACAGCCGGUGAACCAAGUGGUGUUGGCAGACGAUACAGUGGACUUCUCCUGCGAGGUACACGGAGACCCGACUCCGACUGUCCGCUGGCGCAGAGAGGAGGGCGAGCUGCCUCGGGGCAGAUUUGAAAUCCGCAGUGAGAAUAGUCUGCGUCUGACCCAGGUGCGAGCUGAAGAUGAGGGCACCUACACCUGCGUGUCAGAGAACAGUGUCGGCAAAGCGGAGGCGUCGGCUACCCUGCAAGUACAUGUGCCUCCUCAGAUUGUGGUUCGACCGCGGGACCAGAUCACAACUCCAGGUCGUACCGUAACCUUCCUCUGUGGCACCAAAGGAAACCCUCCGCCAGCCGUCUUCUGGCAAAAAGAAGGCAGCCAGAUCUUGCUGUUCCCUGUCCAGGAGCCAUCACAGUCAGGACGAUUCACAGUGUCACUGAGUGGUGAGCUGACCAUCAAUGAUGUCCAAGUUGAAGACUCUGGCUAUUACAUCUGCCAGGCCAUCAGCGUGGCUGGAAGCAUCCUGACCAAAGCCCUGCUCGAGGUAGAAAGCGCACCUUCAGACCGGGUCCCUCCCAUCAUCCGCCAAGGACCAGCCAAUCACACAUUAGCUCCUGGAUCCAUGGCUCAGUUACACUGUCACAUCAUGGGCAACCCCAUGCCCAGCAUACAAUGGGAAAAAGAUGGCCAAAGGAUCCUGGGAAAUGAUGGUCGAAUCAGCUUGAUGGAAAAUGGAACUUUUCAGAUCACCAACCUCCAGGAAACGGACUCUGGGGUUUACACCUGCCUGGCUAGCAGCUCCAGCGGAGAGACGAGUUGGAGUGGAGUGCUCACAGUCAAAGAGAGUGCAGACGUGUCGGUAGCUCAGGCCACUGAGCCCUUCCAGCUACCGGGCCCGCCACAUAAGCCCAUAGUCACGGAUGUGUCCAAGAACAGUGUCUCUCUGACCUGGCAACCCAAUGCCCAUGAGGGAGGAGCUGCUGUCACCUCCUACAUCAUCGAGGCCUUCAGCCAAUCAGCAGGGAGCACAUGGCAGACUGUAGCUGACAUGGUUAAAAUGGAGACACACACCAUCACCGGCCUUCUUCCCAACACCGUCUACCUGUUCAUCGUCCGUGCUGUCAACACCUACGGCCUGAGUGACCCAAGCCCCAUCUCUGAGCCCGUCAGAACACAAGAUGUGAGCCCUACAGGUCAGGGAGUGGACCACAAGCAAGUGCAGAGGGAGCUGGGAGAGGUAGCUGUUCAGCUUCAGGACCCCGUGAUGCUAACAGCAGCUUCCAUUAGAGUAUCCUGGAACGUCGACCGUCAGUCUCAGUACGUCCAGGGCUACCGUCUGUCCUACCGGCCCAGCGGGGGAAUGUGGCUCCUCCAGGACAUCAAUUCCCCCUCGGAGCGCAGCACCGUCCUCACCGGCUUGCUCAAAGGAACCGAGUACGAAAUAAAGAUCCGUCCCUACUUUGAUGAAUUCCAGGGCAAAGAUAGCAGAACGUUGCUACUCCGGACCCCAGAAGAAGUACCCAGUGCCCCUCCCAGAGCUGUUACAGUGUCAACAGUGAAGCUCGGCAACAGCUCCAGCAUCAGUGUCUCCUGGGAGCCGCCACGCAGUGACACGCAAAAUGGCAUCAUCCAGGAGUACAGGGUUUGGUGCAUGAGCACUGGUGGUGACAACCAGACCCGAUACUACAGUAACAAGACAGUGGAUGGAAACACGUUGUCCACGUUGCUGAAGGGCCUGAUGCCCGGAGUGCUUUACCAAGUGGAGGUGGCAGCAGUGACUAGCGCUGGGAUUGGCACUCGCAGUCAGCCAGUGCCCGUCCUCAUCAAGCUGCCAGCUGAACAGCCCUCAUUAGCAGGUGGAAGCGGAGGCAGUGGUGACAAGACCAAUGGUGGUGAGGAGAGCAGCGUGAGUCUAGCUGAACAGAUUACAGAUGUGGUCAAGCAGCCGGCGUUCAUCGCAGGCAUUGGAGGAGCCUGCUGGGUCAUCCUGAUGGGUUUCAGUGUCUGGAUCUACUGCCGCCGCAAGAAGAGGAAGGAGCUGAGCCACUACACGGCCUCCUUCGCCUACACACCAGCAGUCGGUUUCCCUCAUGGAGAAGGACCGGGACUAAAUGGAAGGCAAGGAGUGCUUGGGGGCAACAUGGGCAACUACCCAUGGCUGGCAGACUCUUGGCCCACCACCAACUUGGUUCACAAUGGCAAAGAGGCCGUCAACUGCUGCCCGGCCAAUCCCGACACAGCUGAGAGAUACUACAACGAAGCUGGCAUCUCCAACUACCUGAAUCAGACUGAGAAGUACAGCAUGGGAGGCUCCACCGAAGGUCCCAUCUACAGCACGAUUGACGCCACCAGCGAGGACCUGCACAGUUUCACCUAUGCCCAGCACAACUCCACCACUCCUUACGCUUCCACCUCCAUCAUGCCUUUCACCAACCAGACACAAGUUCCACCCCACGGCGGUGAGCAGCAAGACGACGGCCACUGGAUUACCCAGCCCGGUCCAUCUGGAGCUCAGUACGCCCAGCUGGACCGCUGCAGUGGUAAGCCCAAGCAGAAGGUGAUGGGUAAGGCUGUAAAGACCCCAUCUCUGACCUGGAUGGAGUCCUUGCCCCCGCCUCCGCCCAUAGAAGAGCUGAAGCAGUGUGAGCAAGAUGACGAACUUCCAGAGAACAUGGACCUAGGAUCGGAUGAGGAAUGGUGUCCACCCCUCCCUGAGAGGACAUACCUGAUGGAAGGCUGCGAGGACAGACCUUCGCCCCCUCAGAGGAACAACGCUUCCUCUCCAGCCACCUCCUACAGUCACCAGUCAACCGCCACGCUCACUCCGUCACCGCACGAGGAGCCCCAAGCCCACCAUGACCUCCCCCGUCAGAACCAAUCAAACAGCCAGCAGUUGUCACGCAGAAGGUUACCCUGCGGUCCCAUGCCAGUUCCCCAGGCACCGAGCCCGCUGCUCACCCAGUCCAACCCCAACCUCUCCGGCCAACAGCAUCACAGCUCAUCAGAGGUUGGCAUGCUGCAGUGCCAGAGUCCUGCCCAUCGCUGCCUCCAGAGCCAGGGCCCAGCUCUGAAUGAAGACAGCAUCAGCACGACCACACCAGUGCACAGUCGCUCCUCCCCCGCUGAUACAAGUACUCCACCCAACCAAAAAUCAAGAGUGAAAAAAAAAGCGUCCAAGACUUCAGCUUACAGAAGAGACAUACAAGGAGACCUGCCCCCUCCUCCAGAACCACCCCCAGAAGAGGGCAGGUUACAGGACCCCCAAGGGUGCAUGGAGGCCAACUGUGUGACAAACGGCACCCUGUCCUCCCUGGAGAGGACUGAAUAUAGCAUUAAUAGCCAGCAGCGAAAAGGCUCAGGACAGAGACACACUGACAAUGAGGAGAUGAUCCUGUACAGCAGUAAGGCCGGUUACCUCUCCAGAGGUCAGAUGUCCAGUAACUGUUCAACUACAGGAAGUUCCUCAUCGAGAGGCUCCACAGGCUCCCGGGGGCUCAACUCAGCCAGGAAACACAAUGAGACGGCCAGUCUAGGAUGGGCGACGGAAGGGCAGCAGAUGUCUUCAAGCCUGUUAAAAAAUGCUCCGAGGCUAGGAACUAAAUAGGCCACUGUAACAGUGGCAUUAGAGAGGUGUGUAUGAACGUUUGAGACACUGAAGUUUUUUUCAUACUUUUUAUAUCUCCUUUUAAUUUCAUAGCGUGUUUUGUGAAAUCCAUCCAUCCUGACCUUUGUAUGAAGUUAAUUAGAUUUUUGUUAAGUAGCAUCACUUUUGAUUCUUUUGAAACAAUCUUUCUGGACUGAAUGCAGAAUAAUGACAAUCAAAAUGCAGUACAUGACACGAUCAUCAGAAACUGGAACAACUGGCAGUGCUUUAAUAUGUGUUUAAUAUGGGGAACCUAGUCUGCUCAAGCAUAGUUCACAUGAUUGUUUGUACAGCACUUUGGUCAAUCUGUGCUGUUUUUAAAUGUGCUUAUAAAUAAAUUGAUUGACAGUCAGUAAAAUGCACUACAUACAUAAAAGACUGCCUCAGACAAGCUGUUUUAUCUCCCUCUGCCCUUUGAGCUAAUUUUCUUCUGAUUGGCUGCCCCGCGGGCUUUUGGUUUACAUCCAUAACUGUAGCAGUAUACUGUAUAUGUGAUUAAACAAAAUAAGGAAAUGCAUUUUAGAUCCACUUGGAGAGGAAUUCCUGUUUGUAGUAGCAACUUCACUGUGAUCAGCAUGGAGCUGAAAGCUUAAUUUUUACAUUAAAAGAUGAGUAUUAAACAUUGCAUCAUAUUAUUUGCAACACUUGCAUGUGUUUUGUGUUACUGCAGAGCUUCCAGAAACAGAUUUUAGCUGGAAGCUGUUUUCAGCAUCCUCCGGUACAUCGUGGAAAUGUCAACAAGUCACUUAACUUCCUGUUAAGUGGUGCUGACUCAAAAUUUGCAAGAUAGGUGAUUACUGCAGAAAUGUGGCUCAGAUCAAGAGGAAAUUGGCUGAAGUUCUUCACCCUGACAGCUAAACAGUCUUGAUAAAAACUGAUUCAAUCUUCAUGGAUGGAUUAAAUUGGCCCUUUAUACCAAGUUACUGCUAGAAUAAUUUGUGUACUACGGUGUCCUGAUAACUCGUUCUGUGAGACUGAUUGUUUAAGCUACUGAUGUUAUAUUUCUCUCUUUCAGGAAUUAAGAUAAAGAAAUUCUAUCAGUGUACCUUUGAUCACCCUCCUGCUCCCCGCCCAUCUAACCACUGUGGAGACAAUAAGCUGAACAAGACAUGGAGCUUAGGUUUGACUCUAGGUUCCUGAAACCCUAUGUUAUUGCUGUAAACAGACUUUACAUUCUGCUUUUGGUAUUGCUCCGAAUAUUUAUGAGCCACUCAGAUCACUCCUCACCUUUGGUUUGUAAAUACCUGUGUCUGUAUUUUGUGAGCUCUGGAUACAGGGGUAAAAGAUGUAUAUUGUAUUUAUGAGGAUUAAAAAAACACAAACGUC